AUAACUCCAGGUGCAAAAAUUAGCAUCGCUUAAUAUUUCAACAUGCAGAAUUCAAUUUGGGUUAUCCGUACCGGUUGAAUGAAUUAUGAUGAUGGGACCAAAUUAUAAGAGUAAAAAAAUCGCCAAAAUUUCAAUUUAUAUGAGGUGAUAUAAAUUUACUUUAACCUAAUUAAUGAUUUAAUUUAUUUCUGAUUAUGUCGAUGAUGAAACUGAAAUCCUUCCUUCCUUGUUUAUUGUAAUCAAAACCAUGAAAACUUCAAGAAAACUGAUAAAAUCUACAUAUUUAUUAUAUAACUCGAAAUAACCUCAUUCAAAACUUAAGUAUCGAGUAAUUUUCUAAAGUUCUCGUUUUUAUUAAAGUUCAUAAACUUAUCAUUCGAAAGUAAAAACUAUUUAGCAACCAGUGUCCACAGAUUGCACUAUUGUGUAUUGUUUGACGUUAAGCAUGUGUGACCACCACCGUAUAUAAAUAUAUACGGCUACAUCAAAUUUAUUUGUACAGUUUCUUAAAGAAUCUCGUGAGAAAAAUGUUGUCUUCAACCGGUAGUAUUUUUUUAGCAGCGCUUAUCAUUGCUUUCUCUUGUACUUUUGUGCAAAGUACGCCCAAAAAAUAUCAAACUGAAGAAGGGUAAGUUAAAAUUUUAUUUCAACGCUUUUGAUGCAAUUUGCUUUUUUGGUUGAAUUUUAAAGAUUUCAACCGAGUUUUCGUUAUUAUGAAUCGUCUUUAAUUACGAAUAGAACAAACGAAUCUCGAAGAAAUGAUUUGGAAGCUAAAGAUUCUGCCGAUAGAUUGGAACGGUUUGGGUAUGUCGGUUCUUUUGGAAAUACCGGUAAUGGACAAACUUACGGUUCGACUGGAUUAGGAAAUUCAGUUCCUAUGAAAAUCGAUUUGGGAGGGGUACUUCUCGGUGCUUUAAUUGGCCUAGGAGCUGUUUUAAUUGUUCCAAAAUUAACACAAUUAUUUUCUAUGCAUCCAAACUACAGAAGUUUAGAUGAUCAAAAUUCAAUUUUAACCGAUAUUAUGGCCAGAUUGGAUAAUUCUUUAGAACAAAAUCAUAUUGAUGGUAACUCAUGUAUGCAAAGAGUUAUUUGUUCUUAUGUGCAUGAGGCACAAAAGAAAAUUAAGGACGGCGGGGCGUCUACCAUAGAUGAAAUAAUCUUUUCAGUUUCAAACAAUGCUUUAUUCAGUUUAAUGCUAGAUGGAUCAACUAUAAAACAAGCUGUCGAUAUGGGGAAACAAUCUAAUUUAGAUCAAUGCCAAAAAUUGUAUGAAAAAUGUCCCCUAACUAAAGAUAGCGUUCUGCAAAUUUUGAGCAAUGUUGUACCUUAAUCCAUUAACUUCUUUAUUAUUGAUAUUAGAA